AUGCCCACACAAAAACGACAGCGCCAACCUCAAUCUUCACCCACCAGGCGAGCUACAUUGCCUCAAGCACGAACUCCUGCAAAUGUACGAAGUGAUAUCUGGUCAUUUGCCCGCCCAGUCGAGAAUAAAAUCGUUUACAAUGAUGUAUCUGUCGUCCUACCACCUCAUCAGUACAUCCCAUACCGGCCAAAGUCUCGUUAUGUGGGCUGUAUCCCGUGCGAGGAUGUUGGACGGCGCACACUGUGGGCAAACGACAGGACAGCACAAACCACCAAUCUUGCAAAUCAUCUACGCACUCAUGAAAACUGGGAAGAGUCUUGCUUGAAGAGAGGAAUCAAGCCAAAGCCCACCAGCAAUAAGUUUGAUGACAACCUCUCGACACUACGGAGUCGGCCACUCAAUCAAGACGGAGUUCUUUAUUUCUUUCUCCGCUGGAUUGUGAUUGAUGACCAGCCGCUGAGUAUUGUCGAGUCAAAAGAAUUCCGCCAAUUCUUCUUUUAUUGUUGCCGCGACCUCAACGAAACAGAUUUACCUCACAAGGACAAGGUUCGCAAUGGUAUCAACACCCUCUUCAAGAAGAAGCAAAGCGAAUGGAUGGCAGAUGCGCAAAAUUGUCCCGGUCGAGUUUCAUUCACCACAGAUCUAUGGACCGACAAUGUACUUCAUGCAUUCAUGGCCAUCACAGCACAUUUCAUCACUGAGAAAGUCGAGAAUGGCAGUCCAGUCUGGAAAAUGGAAAGCCGCCUCAUCUCAUUCAAAAACAUCAUUGGCAGCCAUACAGGCGAAGCACUUGGUCAAGCUUUUGUUGACAUUCUGACAGAAUGUGGUUUAGCCCAUAAGGUCGGACGAAUCACAGCAGACAACGCAUCAAAUAACAGGUCAAUGACAAUGGAAAUUGAAGCAGCUCUACAGCGCAGAGGAAUUGAAUUUGAUACUAAUGAGCAAUAUCUCCGAUGUUUCCCACAUACUAUCAACCUUGUGGUUCAAACAUUCCUUGACCAUAUUAAGGAUAUCCCAGCAAAUGCAAUAUGCGAUACCACCAUACAUGCUGCUCUUCUGGCCGACCCAGUCGCACGCUGCCGUAACCUUGUCGCAACACUACGCCUUACAUCCAACCGUCGUGACGAGUAUAGACGAGUUCUCAAGAAGGCCAUUGAGGAUGGCAAUUUUGAGGGCAAGCCUCUCGAGCUCAUCCGCGAUAUGGUUGUUCGCUGGUCAUCAACUUACAAUAUGAUAAUACGUUAUCUUACAAUGGAACCAGGACGUCAUUCUACUGGAUUGCUCCACUACCCAUUGCUAAAGGUUGUCGACUUGAUGUUGAACAAGCCAGCCUACCAUAAGAUCAAUAAGGAUCUGAAUCUUAGCGAGGAGGAGCGAAGAGUUCUACAAGAUAUCCAGCGCAUUCUUCUCCUCUUCCAUUCGAUUCAAGAGCUCGUCUCAUCAGAGCAAACACCCACACUCUCCAUUGCCAUUCCUACAUAUGAAUUCUGUGCCUCAACCCUUUCAAAAAUUAUCAUUGAUAACAUUUAUCCCUCUCUCGAACAUGCCCUUCAUCCAGCAGUUGCAAAACUCGAUAAAUAUAUCCGCCUGGCCCGCUCUAAUCGCGUAUAUGGCCUUGCUAUGGUUCUCAAUCCAGCAAGUAAAAUGGACUGGAUACAAAAGCACUGGUCAGACCAGGAUGUCGAGAGAUGUAGGGAAUCUCUGAUAGACAGUGUUGCUGCCUUUCGUAAAAAGGAGCUUCUGUCUCAACAGAAAGACUUGCCUGCUUUGGACGCUCCAAAUUCGAACAGAAAGGCUACAAGUAAAGCGCAUGCGAACCUAGAUUCGGGUUUUUGUUGUCUUUCUGCAAUUGCUGAUCUCGCCCUUCAGCCAUCAAAACCUACUUUGCAGUCGAGCACUCAGCCACACCCACCAUCAGCAUUUCCAGUUCUCACAGCAGAGCAGAUUGAUGCCCGUGCACGUGAAGAUGCUAUUAGAGAGGUGCAGCGGUAUCUUAAUGAGCCACUUGUUGAGCACCAUCUCACCGGUGUAGACCUACUCAAGUUUUGGCAAGAUAAACAUCUACCAAAUCUUUACCCCAACCUACGAAAAGUUGCGCUCGAUAUUCUACCUGUGCAAGCUUCAUCCGUCCCCUGCGAGCGUGUUUUCUCCUCAGCAAAGCAUACAGCUACAAGUACACGUGCCCAGUCAUCUCCACGACUCAUAGAGAUGCUUCAAAUUCUUAAAUACGGGCUUUGA